GGCCCAACAUGCCCUGGCCGCCGCAGCGGCUGGAGCGCCGCCGGCUGCAGCCCGACGGAGCGCGGAAUGUACGUCCUGGGAAAUGUUAUUGUGUCUAAUUAACUUCACCAAGUGCGUUCUGGAGUGAAUUUGCCAGGCCUCGUGUUCUGCCCGAGCGUCUCUCCAGCUGCUGAGGAGGUUUCUUAGCAAGAUCAGCUGGAGCUCAGCCUUCCACCAUGCCUGUGCCUCCCCCUCCCGCUCCCCCUCCACCCCCAACGCUGGCCCUGGCAAAUACUGAAAAGCCAACCCUAAGCAGGUCAGAACAAGCGGGGCGAAAUGCUCUGCUAUCUGAUAUUACCAAAGGAAAAAAGCUAAAGAAGACUGUUACUAAUGACAGAAGUGCUCCAAUUCUAGACAAACCCAAAGGACCUGGUGGAGGUGGUGGUGGCUUUGGUGGAGGUGGUGGUGGCGGCGGCGGGGGUUUUGGUGGUGGCGGCGGUGGUGGCAGCUUCGGUGGUGGUGGACCACCUGGCCUUGGAGGCCUUUUCCAAGCGGGAAUGCCAAAGCUCAGAUCUGCUGCGAGUCGAGAUGCUGACCCCGGGGCCGCCCGCCCGCCCGCGCUGCCGCCCGGAGCCCGCUCUGCCGCCGCCAAGCCCUUCCCGGGGCCGGGCGGCCCGCCGCGCUUCCCGGGGCCGCCGUCGGGGCAGCGGAGCCCGGCCGCCGACCCGCCGAGGAGCCGCAUGCCGCCGCCCCGGCCCGACGCCGGCUCCAAGCCCGAGGCCGCGCCGCCGCCGGUGCCCAGCACGCCGCGGCCCGUCGCCUCCAGCCUGCACAGCCGCGGCUCGCCGCCGGUGCCGGCCGUCAGCCGCCAGCCCAGCCUCGGGCCCUGCCCGCCGCCCUUCCCGGGCAGCCGCGGCGCGGGGCCCGCCGGCUCCCUGCGGCAGCCCGGCCCGGCGCCCCCCUUCUCGGGCAGGCCGCCGCUGCCGCCCACGCCCGGCCGGCCUGCGGAGGACAAGCCGCCGCCGCCCCCGCCGCCCCCCGCCGGCCACCGGCCGCCCGCCGCCCGGGAGGCCGCCCUGCCGCCGCCGCCGCCGCAGAACAGCAAGCCGCCCGUGCCCGCCUCGCCGCGGCCGCCCCUCGGCGCCCCCGCGCCCCCGCCGCCCCCCAGCAGGCCGGGGCCGCCCCCCGUGCCGCCCGGCCCCGCCGGCGGCGACGAAAUGCCCCGGCUGCCCCAGCGGAACCUGUCCCUGGUGCCCCCCGCCGCCCCCGGCACGGCGGGCGGCCGCUCCGGACCCCUGCCGCCCCCGCCCAGCGAGAGGCCCCCGCCGCCCGUCAGGGACCCCCCGAGCCGGACAGGCCCCCUCCCACCACCUCCUCCCAUCAGCAGGAAUGGAAGCACCUCAAGGGCUUUGCCCGCUGCUCCCCAGCUGCCUUCCCGGGCCGGGCUGGAGAACCAGAGAGGUGGAACCCGACCACCGCUUCCCCCCGACCGGCCGGGAUCGGGAGCCCUGCCACCACCACCACCACCUUCAUCAGCACUCCGAAACGGCUUCCAGGAUCCGGGCGAUGAUGAAUGGGAAAGCAGAUUUUCUUUUCAUCCUAUAUCUGAUUUACCACCUCCAGAGCCAUAUGUACCCGUGAACAGAAGUUAUCCCAGUAAAUUAGCAAGAAACGAAAGCAGAGGUGGCUCUGGCCGAAAAGAAAGAGGUGCUCCCCCGCUUCCGCCUAUACCAAGGUGAAGUGGGUUCUGGCUCAUCUUUGGGCAACAUCUGUUUUACAAGGUUUCCUUCGAGUCAGCUCUCCUGUCCACAUCAUUGGAAAGUUGUCUGUUUUGCUUUAUUUCCACUUUUGGCUUGUCAGCUGGAAUAAACUUCAGUGUCUAUUACAGUUGUAGUAGACACAGCUUAUGAAC